AUGUCAUCUAGUCUCACAACUCAGCUAUGCCUUUGGCGAGAAAUUGUCACUGAACUUCACGAGACAAAUCACCCAGUAGAUCAAAAUCCCAAUUUCAUGGAAAAGCGUUUUGAAGAACUCGACUCCAAAGGGUUUAUCUGGUCCAAGGAAUCGAUCCUCAGUGCCUUUCUUCAACUCCGCUUACCAAAAAGUGUACAUGAUCAUGACAGAGUAAUUGAGCCACGCGAUAUUCAAGUAACUAAAAAUUCAUCCAUUGAAGUCAAAGACAUAAUUCAGAUUGGUAGAUUGGAGCUUAAACGUCAACCUAUAGGCCUCAUGGAUCUACCUAUCGAGGUCUUUGACAACAUACUCAAAGUACUUGAUUGCAUAGCACAGCUUGAAGACUCUGAGAUUUACAAAGAAAGGAAAGAAGGAGAGGUGGUGAUCUCUGGUCCAGGCACGCGAGCACCAUAUGCAACUUACUUGUACCCACACUUGCCAAUCUUGAAUAGUAAACAGACCUUUUCCGUCACUUCUCGUAAAAUGUAUCAACUAUGUCGACCAUGGCUAUGGAGAAAACUACAAUUUCCUACAUCUCUUCCAGCACCGAUUGAUCUAUGGACCAAAGAUAUCCUCCUCAAACAAGGGAGCUAUGUCAAAUCACUAUCACUCUUCCUUUCUGAAAAUUGUAGUGAAUCUCCUGGCAGUCCAUACAGCAUGAAAUUUAUGAAUGAAAUCUCAAGGAAUACUGUUGCAAGUCUACCUUGGAUCAAGUCACUCACAUUAGGCGGAGGAUUUGUUACCAUCAAGACUCAACGAGCCUCGGGUCGGGUCACCAAAGCCGUUUGCACUGAAAUCGCUAUGGAUGGAAAAGCGAUGUUCGCAUCCUUAUCCUUGAGUUUUUGA